GAGGUCCUUCCUUUCUCCGGCGCCGCCGUUUCCGUGCGUAAACCCGUGGCCUGGAUGGACUGGUCGAUUCUUUCAAAUUUCACUUAAACUCGACGAUUUGAUCAAAUUAGCAAGCCACCAAAAUGCCGGCGUAUUUCCAACGCCCAGAGAAUGCUCUGAAACGAGCGAAUGAAUUCCUGGAGGUUGGCAAGAAGCAACCUGCAUUGGACGUUUUGUACGAUGUCAUCAAGAGCAAGAAACAUCGAACAUGGCAGAAGAUCCACGAGCCCAUUAUGCUCAAAUACCUGGAGCUAUGCGUGGAUCUUCGCAAGAGUCACCUGGCAAAGGAGGGUCUUUACCAGUACAAAAACAUCUGCCAGCAGGUCAACAUCAAGUCUCUUGAGGAUGUGGUUAGGGCUUACUUGAAGCUGGCGGAGGACAAGACCGAAACUGCUAAAGAGGAGUCCCAGCAGAUGGUCCUGGACAUUGAGGAUCUGGACAACAUCCAGACUCCAGAAAAUGUGCUCCUGAGUGCUGUGAGUGGAGAAGACACUCAGGAUCGUACCGAUCGUCUGCUCCUCACUCCGUGGGUGAAAUUUCUGUGGGAGUCCUACCGCCAAUGCCUGGACCUUCUCCGAAACAACUCCAAGGUGGAGCGCCUUUACCAUGACAUCGCCCAGCAAGCAUUCAAGUUUUGCCUUCAGUACACCCGAAAGGCAGAGUUUCGCAAGUUGUGUGACAACCUGCGAAUGCAUCUGAGUCAAAUUCAGCGACACCACAACCAGAGUACUGCCAUCAACCUCAACAACCCUGAAAGUCAGUCCAUGCACCUGGAGACGCGCCUGGUGCAGCUUGACAGUGCCAUAAGCAUGGAGCUCUGGCAGGAAGCAUUUAAGGCUGUUGAGGACAUCCAUGGUUUGUUUGCUCUGUCCAAAAAGCCACCCAAACCCCAACUGAUGGCCAACUAUUACAACAAGGUGUCGACUGUGUUUUGGAAGUCUGGAAAUGCCCUUUUCCAUGCUUGCACCCUCCACCGGCUUUAUCACCUCUCUAGAGAGAUGCGCAAGAAUCUCACACAAGAGGAGAUGCAGAGGAUGUCUACCAGAGUCCUCCUGGCUACUCUCUCCAUUCCCAUCACCCCCGAGCGCACAGAUAUCGCUCGGCUGUUGGACAUGGAUGGUAUCAUUGUGGAGAAACACCGGCGGCUGGCAACCCUCCUGGGUCUGCAGUCUCCACCAACUCGCCAAAGUCUGAUCAAUGACAUGGUGAGGUUUAACUUGUUGCAGUACAUAGUACCCGAGGUAAAAGAACUUCACAAUUGGCUCGAAGUUGAUUUCCAUCCCUUGAAGCUCAGUGGAAGAGUAACCAAGGUGCUGAAUUGGGUCAGAGACCAAGGUGAGAAGGAGUCUGACCUUCAGCAAUAUGUCCCUCACUUGCAAAGCAACACCAUCUUGCGUCUUUUGCAACAGGUUGCACAGAUCUAUCAGAGCAUUGAGUUCAGUCGUCUGGCCUCCCUGGUUCCAUUUGUGGAUGCCUUCCAGCUGGAGCGCUCCAUUGUUGAUGCUGCCAGGCACUGUGAUCUGCAGGUUCGACUUGACCACACCUCUCGGACCUUGAGUUUUGGAUCUGACCUAAACUACUCCACUAAAGAGGAUGCUCCAGUUGGUCCAUUCUUGCAAAACAUGCCAUCUGAGCAAAUAAGGAACCAGCUGACUGCUAUGUCUGCCUCUUUGGCCAAGGCCCUGCAGGUCAUCAAACCUCCCUCCACUCUGCAAGAGCGUGAGGAGCACAGCCAGCAGGCCAUCGCUGCUUAUCUGAAAAACGCCCGCAAAGAUCAUCAGCGCAUCCUGGCUCGUAGACAGACCAUAGAAGAGCGCAAGGAGCGUCUUGAAAGCCUCAACAUACAACGUGAGAAGGAAGAACUAGAGCAGCGGGAAGCUGAGCAGCAGAAGGUCCGCAAGGCAGAGGAGGAGCGCCUGCGUCAAGAGGCUAAAGAGCGGGAGAAGGAGCGCAUCAUGCAAGAGCACGAGCAGAUCAAGAAAAAGACAGUCCGAGAGCGCCUGGAGCAAAUUAAGAAGACCGAACUGGGCGCCAAGGCCUUCAAGGAUAUUGACAUCGAGGACCUGGAGGAGCUGGAUCCUGACUUCAUCAUGGCUAAGCAAGUGGAGCAGUUGGAGAAAGAGAAAAAAGAACUCCAAGAGCGCCUGAAGAACCAGGAGAAGAAGAUUGACUACUUUGAGAGGGCAAAACGACUUGAGGAAAUUCCUCUUAUCAUAAAGGCCUAUGAAGAGCAGCGUGUCAAGGACAUGGAACUUUGGGAGCUCCAAGAGGAGGAGCGGAUCAGUAACAUGAAAAUAGAACGGGAAAAGGCCCUGGAGCACAAGAAGCGGAUGUCCCGCAUGAUGGAGGACAAAGAGAACUUUUUAUCCAAAAUCACUGCUGCGCGUAGCUUCAUUUAUGAGGAGAAACUGAAGGUAUUCGAGGAGCGCCUGGUGGAGGAAAGAAAGAAUCAUCUGGAGAAAAGGAAGAUUCAGCGUAAAGAAGACCGACGUAAGGCUUUCUACCUCCAGAAAGAAGAAGAAGAACAGCGUAUCCACGAGGAACAGCUCAAGAAAGAACGCGAAGAGCGUGAGCGCAUUGAACAGGAGCAGCGAGACGAGGAGGAGAAAGAGUAUCAGGAGCGCCUGCGUAAACUUGAAGAGCAGGAACGGAAGCAACGUGCUCGUCAGCAGGAGAUCGAAGAGCGCGAGCGCCGUCGUGAAGAGGAGAGGCGCACAAACCCAGACGAGAAACCCAAGGACUGGGUGGGAGAGAAAGAGGAGGGAGGAUGGCGGAAGCGCACCGAAGGGGAAUCAGAGUGGCGACGUCCUGUGGCCGACAAGGAAUGGAGGCAAGAGGGUCGGGAUGAUGACAAAGAGGAGCGGGAUCCUUUCAAACGAGGAGAGGGUGUACGUCGAGGCGGAGAUGACCGAGGGCCCCGGAGAGGCGUUGACGAUGAUCGAGGUCCACGUCGGGGCGGCGACGACGACCGUCCCUCUCGCAGAGGGAUGGAUGACGACCGAGCUCCACGCAGAGGUUUUGACGACGAUCGCGGCCCCCGCCGUGGCUUUGACGACGAUCGCGGUCCCCGGCGUGGCUUUGACGACGACCGCGGCCCCCGACGUGGCUUUGACGACGAUCGCGGCCCUCGACGCGGCUUUGACGACGACCGCGGCCCCAGGCGUGGCUUUGAUGACGAUCGCACCCCCCGGCGUGGCUUUGACGACGAUCGCGGCCCCCGGCGCGCUUUUGACGACGAUCGCGGCCCCCGCCGCGGAUUUGACGACGACAGAGGACCACGUAGGGUCAUGGAUGACUCCAGGGGUCCCAGGCGUGAUGAUGACUGGGGACCCAGAAGAGGAGGUGACGACGACAGAAGUGGUAGGGACGAUGGUCCACGUCGUGGUGGUGAUGACCCGGCACCUUGGAAGCCACUCACUAAACCAGGAGGUGGUUGGCGUGAACGGGAAAAGGCGAGAGAGGAGAGCUGGGGUCCUCCUCGCGGCGGCACCAAUGAUGACCAAGAUGACAAAGAGAGAGAGGAACCUCCCAGUGAUCGCUUCGGAGACCGUCAAAGAGAGGACAAUGGCUGGAGGCGAUCAGAAGAAGGAGGAAGAGGCGGCUGGAGAGAUUCUCGCAGAGAGGACACUGAGCGCCGCGUUGAGCGUGACGAUCGCCGUGAUGAUCCCCAGAGAGCCCCACCAAAAGAGUUAAAUGAUGGAGGCACCUGGCGUCGUGGAGGUGAAGAAAGACGUGAGGAACGUGACAAGCCCAAAGAAAAAGAGCGGGAGCGCGAGCAAGACAAAGAUACCGAGGGAGACAAGACCUGGCGUGCGGACAAAGAUCGUCGCACCAAAAACGAGACCGAUGAUGAUGGCUGGACCACCGUCCGCCGCUGAGUCCCAACUAGUGGCUCCAAAAAUAAUAGCAAGACAGGUUAGAUUGGCCUUUGGUAACUGAGUCCUCAUUUAGCUGAAUUAAAACCUCUCAUACUCCCUGUCUAUUAUCAAUUUUCAUAUUUCAAUAUAAAAACUCUUAUACUUCUUGCAGAUGGAUACUAAAUUGACUACAAGUUGACGUUGAGUAGUUCUAAAAAUGUUAUGCAUCAAUUGAACCAUCACUGUAGACAUGACAACCUCCAGCGGAUGAGACUUGUAUAUCAAACUUACUGAAUCACCAAUGCCUCUUAAAAUGUUACGUUUUACAGGGAUGUUGUAUGAUGGCGCGCUCACGCAAAGGUCAAUGUUGGCUAAUCUACUGUUUCAAACGCUUAUGUUAAACGAGUGAAAUAUCCAUUUUGAAGUAUAUGCUUCAAAUAUUAAAUUUGUCUCGUCAAAUA